AUGUAUCUUGCUCUUCUGGUGAUUUUCUUGCAGUGUUCGGAAUUUUACACUCAGGAGAGAGUUUUUACUUUCAACACCGUUGAAAUCAACGUUCAGCCAUCUGUUCAAGUAAGGAAUGGAGAUCCUAUGUCAAUUGUCUGCCAUGCUGAUAUUAGCAAGAGUACUGAUUUCCAGCUGAAGCAUAAUUUUACAAUUUUUAAAGAUGGCAAGCUUGUGUUCAUGACUGUAUCAGACAAAGGAGAUGCACAAUAUGAAGUAUCUAUGGCUAGAUCUUCAGAUACAGGAGAUUAUGAAUGUACUGUGGAAGCAGGCGGAAAGACAAAGUCUAGUAACUCCUUACAUGUUUGGGUAACGGGAAUGACCAAGCCAAUCCUGACUGCUGAGAAAAAAGAAGUUUUAGAGGGUGAAGUUGUGAAAUUACGCUGUGAGCUGCCAGAAGAAGUACCUCCUUUGUAUUUCUUUUUCCGGAAGAUAAAGAUGAAUUCAACACCUAAAGAAAAACAUGUAUUUGAACCAUACAGAAAUUUUUCUGUAGUGGAAUUUUCUGUUGAAGAGGGAGAUAAUAUUUUACAAUUUGAUUGUUAUGGUAGGAGAAAUGUAAAACUCAAAUUUGAAAGCUCAGAACACAGCAACAAAACACUUGUUACAGUCAGGGAACCAUUUAUAAAGCCUACUCUGAACACCAAGCCGUCCAGUAAUAUUACGGAAGGAGACAGAAUACAGUUUGAAUGCUCAACUGUGGUAGCCCGAAUGCGUGGCAUUGAAAUCAUACUUCAGAAAAACAAAACAAUACUGAAGAGUGUACGAGAUGAAAAACUUUUGAAAUACUCUGCAAUAGCUACUCUAGAGGACAGUGGUGAAUACCUGUGUAAGGUGGAACAAGGAAGAGCAUCCAAAACCACCAAACUGAAUGUUGUUGUGUCAGAGUUAUUCCCCAAGCCAGUAUUAUCUGCUUCUAUGAGUACGGUGGAUGAAAAUAAAGAAUUAACCUUGAGUUGCAGCAUUAGUGGUUUUCGGAAAGCUAACUUCUCUAUAUUACGGAAAAAUUCAAAUGGAGACAUCUGGUUGAAAAAUUCUAGAAACUUAACAAUGAGAGUUAAUGUGAACGAUACUGGAUCCUAUAUCUGUAAAGCUGAAGUAAAAGGAAUAGUCAAGGAGAGCAAACCUGUAAGGAUAAAAGUUUAUGCUCCGGUAUCCAAGCCAGCUCUUUCCGUUGCCAGUGGUUUACCGGAGGUGGUGUUAGGGAAGCCUCUACGGUUAAUCUGUCGUUCAGUGAUGGGAACACCACCAAUAAUAUUCACAUUCUACAAAGGAAAUGAAGUUAAGAAAACAGUAAUUAAUGACACAUAUGCUACGUUCUUGGAUGAAGAUAUUACACUAAAUGACAAAAGUGGAUACAAAUGUGAUGCUAGAAAUAAUCACUCCAGUGGAAUAAAAACUAGCAAUAUCCUGAACAUCACAGUAAUAGGACUGGGUGAAAUGUAUACAUACUGUGAGACUGCUUUUCUGUGCUCUGUGAAAGAAGGAUCUUGGCCAAUCCACUUCAGGAUUUUUAGAAAAACUGAUCAUGAAGUUCUUUUAUUUGAAAAAAGUGAAAAUGCAGACAGAAUCAUGUGGCGCAAGGAAGCAAUGAACAGGCAGGACACUGGGACAUAUUACUGCAUGGCUUCUAAUCGAGCUAAUGUGGAUGUGAAAAGCCAUCCAAUAACCAUCAGUGUUAUCUUAGCGGCUUGGCAGAAAGGCGUCAUUGCUGCGUUUGUCCUAAUACUUAUCGCAGGAGCAGUAACUCUCACUUUAUGGUGGUUUUUGUAUAAGAAGAAAAAGGCUAAAGGACCAUCCAUGGAGAUGUCUGGUUCUGCAUUGGCUACAAACCUGACAAGUGAAAAACUGGCAAGACAACAUAAUGAUGGAGAUUUCUAUUCAGGGUCAGGUUACAUUGAAGAUAAUGAAAAUCACAUGAAAACAACAGAUGAGAGUAAAGGACCUGAGCUUGAGAGUGCUGAGGUGGAGUACACUGAAGUUGAAGUAUCAACGCUUGAUCCUCACAGAGCUCCUGUACAGAAGGGGACUGAAACAGUUUAUAGUGAAAUCAGAAAAGCUAAUAAUGAUUCUGUGGAAAACAGGCAUUCUAUAACAAACAAACGAAGUAACAGGAAAGCUGUUCUCGGGCAUACACACAAAGCCACGUGUGCCAAGCUUCACGCGUCCAGCCACAGCUGCUGCCUCAUUCGGUUUCAAGCUUCUCGGCACAAAAUCGCGAGCAGGCCUGUCCUGCAGUUCUCAGGUCUUCCCCAGGAGAUCCAACGGCAGCGAGAGGACUUGCCUUCAGAAGAGGAUUCCCAAGGGGCCACGUACGCCUUGAAGCUCCGAGGCGGCAGGUCUGUAGGGGAGGCAGUGUCUUCAUUAGGCCUACUGGAAAAGGACUUGGAAUACAGCAACGGGCUUGUAUUUGCAAAGCUUUUUCUUAUUGCAGACUGGAAUGGAAACUGCAAGUUAGAAGAUAGGUUCAAUCUGGGAACAAUUUUUCUAAAUUCAGCUGAGUGA